GCGGCUUCCGGGGCGGGGCCGAGGCGAAGAUGGCGCAGGCGCCGGUGCUGCGGAUCCAGAGCGACUGGGACCAGGUCUUGAGGAAGAAUGAGGAGGAGGCCUGGCUGAGCUGCAGGAGUCCGGGGAAAUCGACUUUAUAUGGAACUCUGACCUGUCAGGGUUUAAGCACAGAUGGGAUUCCUGAGAUUGUAGCCUCUGAAGGAUUUGAAGUCAGCCAAAUCACUAAGAAAAGUCUUCUAGUAUCCUGUUCGCGUGAAAACACCUCUACCAAAUUUCUGGCACCCUAUACCACCUUCUGCAGGAUCCAUCAAAAAAGUAUCACCUGCCUUGACAUCUCUAGCGGAGGUGGGCUUGGAGUAUCCACCAGUGCUGACGGCACUAUGAAAAUUUGGCAAGCUGCUAAUGGGGAAAUUAGGAGGAAUUUGGAAGGCCAUGUGUACGAUGUGAAUUGUUGUAGAUUUUUCCCAUCGGGCAUCGUGGUGCUGAGUGGAGGGAUGGACGCCAGGCUGAAGAUCUGGUCUGCAGAAAAUGGCCGCUGCGUUGCAACCUUUCAAGGACACAAAGCAGGAAUUCUUGACACGGCCAUUGUGGAGCGGGGUAGGAACGUGGUCUCCGGCUCCCGGGAUGGGACAGCGCGCCUUUGGGAUUGCGGGCAAUCGACUUGCCUAGGAGUUGUGGCUGAUUGCGGCUCUCCAAUCAACGGGAUAGCUCUGAAUGAAACAGACAACUCCAUAAAUUUGGGCUCCCCUGAAAAAGCUCCCAGUGAACGCGAGGUUGGCACGGAAGGCAAGCUUUUGCUAUUAGCUCGGGAGGACAAAAAAUUGCAAGGCGUGGGGUUACAGAGCAGGCAGCCGGUUUUCCUUUUUCUUGGUUCUGAUGCUUUCAACUGCUGUACCUUCCUCUCUAACACGUAUCUCCUGGGAGGGACACAGGAUGGGAACAUAUACCAGCUGGAUGUCAGAAAUACCAAAGCUCCCCUUCGAGUGAUCCAUAGAUCAGGAGCCCCAGUCCUUUCACUGAUGCCUCACAAAGAUGGAUUUAUUGCCAGCCAAGGUGAUGGGACCUGUUUUAUUAUGCAGCAAGAUCUCGAUCACGUUCUCGAGCUGACCGGACCCGACUGUGACCCUGUGUACAAGGUGGCAACCUGGGGAAAAGAAGUAUACAUAUGCUGCAGAGAUGGGAUAGUGAGGCGAUACCAGCUUUCAGAUCUCUGAUCGGCCUAGAGUUUUCAGUGCUGGACUACAAAUGCUGGAUUUAGUUCAGGGGUUACUCUAAAAGACCAAUUCAAGAGGAGCCAACGUGGUGCCAAGUUUCUAGACCUCGAUACAGUCACUUGAAUAGAGCCAACCGGUAUGACUUUAUGAAGACCCCAUCAAGGGCUGAACUGAGUCUUCCUGCCGAGACAGAUGCAGAAUCCUCGAAAAUGUUGUUUUCCUCCCUAAUUAGCCAAGAAGAUUUGUUGCCAUUAAAGACCACCUGGUAUUUGGAAAAGCACGUUGGGCUUCACCC